AUGCGACUCGAUAUUCUCAGCCUCGUUUCUUCGGCAGUUCUGGUCGGGCUGGCAGCGUCGACACCGGCCAAGCCAGAGAAGCAUGCUAUUAUACCGCGUCCAUACCUAAAGGCAGCGCCUUACGACACUGGAACGAAAUUCCCGUACUCGCCCCCUCGCAACCCGAAGCGCCGAUGCUUCGUCGUCCCAGGAAGCAAUGCGACCCGUGAUGAUGCUGGCGCUAUCUAUCAAGCUUUCAAGAAGUGCAACAACGGCGGCACUAUCAUUCUAGAUGAUGUCUAUCACAUCGCUUCUCCCAUCGACUUGACUUUCUUGAAGCACGUUGAUGUUGUCAUCACCGGUGAGGUGCAUUUCGAUGACAGCGACGUGUACUACUGGGCAGAGAACGCUUUCAUGUAUGAAUUUCAGCUUCAGGCUGUAUUCUGGAAGUGGGGCGGCGAAGAUGUCAAUAUCUAUGGAGACCUGAGUAAGGAAGGCAGCGUUCUGGACGGUCAUGGCGAGGCGUUUUGGAAGGAAGUGACGAAAAAUACUAGCAUGCGCAGACCCUUGCUCUUCGCUUUUGAUGGCAUGAAGGGAGCGACCAUGUCAAAUCUGCGAAUGCGCAACUCACCAAACUGGUUCAAUAUCAUCGCCAACUCGACGGACAUCUUGAUCAGUAACAUGGACCUCAAAGCAACAAGUCUCAAUGGUACCAAGAUCGCCAACUCGGACGGGUGGGAUACCUACCGCUCAGAUCGUGUGGUCAUCCAAGACUCAGUCAUCAUAAACACGGACGACUGUGUAUCCUUCAAGCCGAAUAGCACCAACAUCGUGGUCCAAGGUCUUGACUGCACCGGCUCGCACGGUAUCAGUGUUGGCUCAUUGGGUCAGUAUGCGAACAAGACCGACAUUGUGGAGAACCUCUACAUCUACAACGUCUCUCUCGCAGACUCCAGCGAUGGAGCCCGGAUCAAGGUGUGGCCCGGCAUCGAAACCAGCUUCCAGACGCUGCUCAACGGUGGUGGGGGACUGGGAAGAGUCCGCAACGUGACGUACGAUCUGUUCAGGAAUGUGAACAACGACCGCGCUAUCACGAUUACCCAAUGCUAUGGGCAGAAGAAUCAGACCCUCUGUUACCAGCACCCUGCAAACUUGACCAUUGAGGAUAUUACCAUCAAGAACAUGUUUGGCACGACUUCAGCAAAGUACGACCCGGAAGCUGGAAGUUUAAUUUGUAGUGCGCCCGAUCGCUGCAGCAACAUCCGAGCAGAAAAUAUCACUGUGCAGGUCCCUAGUGGCAAGGCCCCGGUGUACACUUGUAAGAAUGUAGAUGCAGGGUUGUUGGGCAUUAACUGUACGGAGCCAGCUGGUGAGAGAGAUAUCGGUCAAGGAUGA